AUGUUUUUUUUUGUUAAUUUCUUUCUUUCUUACUUUUCUAUUUUAUUUCUGUUCGUUUUCAUUGUUUUUUAUUUUCCUUCACUUUGUUCGAAUCAUUUUAUUUGCAUUUUUUUCUUUUUCCUUCUUUCUUUCUUUCUUUCUCAUAUUUUAAUCACGUUCCUUCGCUUUCUAAAUAAGUUUUUCCUUACUUCAUGUCUUACUUCCUGUUUCUUUUUCCGAUCUUCAUUUUCUUUUUAUCUAAUAGUUCUUUUUUUACGAAUAUCCUUUCUUUUUAAUCUUUCUUUAUUGGUUUCGUUUUUCUUCUCGAUAUUUUUUCUUUCUUUUACACUUUUCUCAUUCUUUUUUUACAUUUGUGUUCUUCGUUUUUACUUCCAUUGUUUUUACAUCGUUUGUCUGUUUCUUUCCUUCCUUUUUUCUUUCUUUCUUUCUUUCUUAAGUAGUUUUUUUUUACGGAUAUCCUUUCGUUUUAAUCUUUCUUUAUUGGUUUCGUUUUUCUUCACGAUGUCUUUUCUUUCUUUUUUUACACUUUUCCUUUUCUCUUUUUUUACUUUUGUGUUCUUCGUUUUUACUUUCAUUAAUUUUACAUCAUUUGUCUCUUUCUUUCUUCCUUUUCUUCUUUUAAAAAGAAACUAUAUACGUAUAAAUGAACUACUUAAUAGUUCAUUUAUACGUAUAUAG